AAUAAAACCAUUGCAAUUGCUAGGUCUUUCCCUGGCUUGGUUAUGUGUGUUGUGUAGCAACUUUCUGACCAUUGUGGUUCUGAAUAUGGACUUGAUAAGACACAGCCAAUGCUUGGUGAAAUGUCAACAAUCAGUGAGUGAGUGAAUAGAAUGUUUAGUAAUGUUUAGUGAUUACUCUGACUAGGACAUUCUUCCCUCCAAUCAUCCUCUGGGCGGAGCUAAUAUGAGUAAGCCACACUGCCACCUGCUGCAAAGAACUGGUAGUGUACCUCUUCCCCAACUCUGUGACUGCAAGAUUUGGGAGAAUCCAAGGGUUUGGAUUUGUUCCGAUUUUGCCUGGUGUGUGUUUACAUUUAGCAGCUUUCAUCUAAAAUUGCCAGCAAAUCCCUUUGCCCUCUGUUCAGAUUAGCAUCAGGGACUUGACCUCUGCUUAAUUUUCAAAUGAGGAUUACUGCAGCUUACAUUUCCCUUGGAUCCUUGAUCUUGAGAUGAAAUUAGAUGGAGCUGAUAUGGUCAAUAAAAUGCACUCUUCAGAUGGUCAAAGGCACAGCCUUGACAGAGAAGUUCCAGAUAAUGCUUCACGCAAAUGGUGAUUUAGCAGGUGUUAUCCCUAGGUAUCCUGAUGAGAAUCUAAGAUAGGAAGUGAACACAGACAGCAAAAUACUUUCCUUUCUGGAACGCUUAUAAUAUUGUUUCCAGAAUCCUAAAUUCUGUGAUGAAUGUGAGAUAAAGGGCUUGUAAACAGCUAUUCACUUAUUGCACAUGACAGAGUACAAGUUUUUGUAAAAUGGAAGGAAGUUGGUUUUUUGUUUUCUUUUCUACAUGGGAGAGUGGGCCCCAGUGGGAUGGGGCCUGUUAGAUCGGCCUACCCCAUGUGACUGAUGGACCUGGUUGGGUUUCAGAGGGAUCUUGGGUUUUCUUCAGUGGACAGUCCAGCUGAGGCUCUAGUUGCAACCUGAAAUGGGCAUGCAGCUGUGGCCUUAGACCAGAUUGCCCCUUUGAGGUCUCUCUCCCUGCGCAGAUCCCAGGGUAUGCCUUGGAGCUCCGUGAAAUGAAGCGCAAGAAGAGAUGCCUGGUGUGCCAUUGGAAGAAGAUGAAGAGCAAACCCCAUCAAGCAUGAGUGGCCGGAUGGGAAACGUAAAAGAAAAAGCAGCCAAUGUUCGGUGAAAAGCAGCAUGUCAGGGUACAUCCCUAGCUAUUUGGACAAAGAUGAGCAGUGUGUUGUAUGUGGAGACAAAGCCACAGGGUACCACUACCGCUGUAUUACCUGUGAAGGCUGCAAGGGCUUUUUCCGACGGACCAUUCAGAAAAAUCUGCAUCCAACAUACUCCUGCAAAUAUGAUGGCUCCUGUGUCAUCGAUAAGAUCACCCGCAACCAGUGUCAGCUUUGCCGAUUCAAGAAGUGCAUUGCCGUUGGCAUGGCCAUGGACUUGGUGCUGGAUGACUCCAAAAGAGUAGCCAAGCGGAAGCUGAUAGAAGAGAACCGGGAGAGACGGCGCAAAGAGGAAAUGAUGAAAUCCCUUCAGCACCGGCCAGAGCCAACGGCAGAGGAAUGGGAGCUGAUACGCAUUGCUACGGAUGCACACUGCAGUACCAAUGCCCAAGGCAGCCAUUGGAAACAGAAGCGGAAAUUCCUGCCUGAAGAUAUUGGUCAAUCACCAAUGGCCUCCAUGCCUGACGGGGACAAAGUAGACUUGGAGGCAUUCAGUGAGUUUACGAAGAUCAUCACCCCUGCCAUCACCCGUGUGGUGGAUUUUGCCAAAAAACUGCCCAUGUUUUCAGAGCUGCCUUGUGAGGACCAGAUCAUCCUUUUGAAGGGCUGCUGCAUGGAGAUUAUGUCAUUGCGGGCAGCUGUGCGUUACGACCCUGAGAGUGAAACCCUGACACUCAGUGGUGAAAUGGCCGUCAAGCGGGAGCAGCUGAAGAACGGUGGCUUGGGCGUGGUAUCAGAUGCCAUCUUUGAUCUGGGAAAAUCCCUCUCUGCCUUCAGCCUGGAUGACACUGAAGUGGCACUGCUCCAGGCUGUGCUGCUCAUGUCCUCAGACCGCAGUGGGCUAAUUUGCGUUGACAAGAUUGAAAAAUGCCAAGAGACCUAUCUGCUGGCAUUUGAACACUACAUCAAUUAUCGCAAACACAACAUUCCCCACUUCUGGCCCAAGCUCCUCAUGAAGGUGACCGACCUACGCAUGAUUGGGGCUUGCCAUGCCAGCCGCUUCCUGCACAUGAAGGUGGAAUGCCCCACAGAGCUCUUUCCCCCACUCUUCCUCGAGGUCUUUGAGGAUCAGGAAGUUUAGGGUGUGGGGAGGGAGGGAGGGGGCAAACAGGGUGGCGUGGGCAAAUUGGGGACAUGGGGCAAUUUGGGACUGGGGCGAUGUCUGGACUUGGGCCACGAGGCCCUCACCUCAUCACCUCGGACACAACAGAUUUUCAUUGUUUUGUUCUGUUUUGUUGUUUUCAUUUUUCUUUUCAUUUUCUUGUUUUGUUUUUCUAAAUAUUGCACGUCAGCAUCAGUGAAUCCCAUGGAUAGGGGAAGCAAGGGCAUCAUUGGUAGGGGUUGGGCCAUGAAAAAAAAGUCGAAGCUAUACAAAAUCUGGGUUACGAGGUAGAUUUGUGCAGUAGCCAACACAUUCUUUGUCUAGGCAGAUUUAAAAAAAUAAUAAGUGGACAAUAGUUCCCACCUACCCCCUUGUUAUAUCCCCUGUUGUCCAAAGUCGUCUUUCCAGGGUGAAAUGUCUGUCUUAAACUUUAACACAAACGAAGAGGAAAACAAUCCACAUGUUCUCCCCCCCCCCCCCCAAAGUGCUUUGCCUUUCUCCCCUUCUUUAAAAAAAGUUUUCUGGCCCCCACAACACUGGAAACAAUUGGCACCUCUUUGUUCCAGCCCUGAUCAAACCUCUCUCGUUUAAACGGACUUGAUUACCAAUAUAUAUAAGUAUAUAUACAUAUAUACAUACAUAUAUGUAUAUAUUUCUUUUGCACAUAACAGUCCCAGGAAACGUCAGAGUGUGUUUGGUUGUUUUAUUCUUGUUUUCGAUUUCUUUUAGAACUUUUAGCAUUUAGUUAUCCUCCCUGGGAGGCUAAAAUUGAAAAAUGCACUUUUUUUGUAAAAGAAAGAAAGAAAGAAAUGGAACCGAGAGAGGAAAAGAGAAAUCCUAUUAAAUUAUUGGGGACAGGUGGGGGGAAGGAAGGUCACAGAUGUUUUGGCAAAAAAACCAUAAAUACAAAUUGAAGCUCAAGGUCCACAUGUGAAGGACAGAUGCACUUUGAACGAGACAAAAAUCCUUCCUCUCCAAUCCUCCCCUCAUGGAGAAACAGGUGAUUGAAUAAGAAGUCUAUUUUAUAUUGUUUUGAAUCGCACUGCAGGGCUUGCCUCUUUAGAGGUGCCCGCCUUGUAUUCCAGUGUUGAGAGGUGUAUUCAUCAGCCUUCCGCCCUGCCCCGAUGCCCUCUUCCCUCCCCAAAGCUUCAGCCAAUCUACCUCCAUGUUCAGCAAGGCGGGUGGAUUUAACACAUUCCCACCCAUACCUGCUGCCCCUUCCCAGCUGAAAGGCUGCAUGCAAUGUUCCCACUGGGCUUUUAAAUGGCCCUUGCUAAUUCUUUGCACACGCUUUCCCACGCCACGUGGCGGUACACUUCUUGCUGCACUAGUAUUCUUGCUGCCCUGCUGCACCCUCCCUUCAAUGCCCUUCUCUCUGGGGAAGUAAUGAGGAGAAAUCCUAACUCUUCAAUGCUCCAAGAGAAUCAAGUUAGGUUUCAAUUCUUUCUUACUCAUUUUUUUGGGAAAUGGCACUUAUCAGUACAGAAAACAUGAAAACAGUAAAUUCUUGGGGACAUGGCAACACCCUUCACAACCAGAAUUGUACAGGCUUUCUGUAUUAAGAGGUUGUGGGCUCUGCAUAAUAACUUUUCUUUCUUCUACAGCAUUCCAUGUCCCCUGUACUUCUAAAUUACUGGCCCUGUUGUAGUCCCAGAUGUGUUUGUACACAUGGGAAGAAAGGGCAGAGGUUUCUUUUGUAUGGCAGAAGCCUGUUAGAAAGGUUAUCCUGACCUGAUUGAAUCUAAUUUUCCCUUUUGGAGGGGCGCUAGAUCAAGGAAAUAAUAUUCUAAUGCACUUCCUUGCACAAUAGGAGGGUCACUCUGCCCAACUUGAACUGCCAUGGGCAGAACAACGCCCUAAGCCUCAGGUUGCAUGAAGUGUGUCAGAGGUGAUCCACUUGGGAACUUGGAGGCAGGCUACCCACAUCUGUAAAACGGAAUUGGCCAAGCUGGCAAGAGAAAAGUACCCUAGGUUUUCAAACUUGGGUCUUGUUCCAUUUGAUCUCAGAUUUUUUUAUUUAGUGUUGUGCUUAUGUGGUUGUUUCUGGUUGUUGGAAAAUAGAACCUCUGAAGUUCUGGCCAGCAAUGAGCUUUAUGGGAACAUCAUUUGGAGAAGGGGAAUAGUAAGUGGUGAUCAACCAGGCCUAGCAACCCCAUUGCAGUAGCCGCCAGCCUGCCGCUACCCAGCUUUCUUGCUUCUUGGUUGACCCUUGGGAGGUGGAGCAGUUGGUACCUAGGGCCAUAUUUGGCAUGGAACAUCCAGUUAUGGAUCCCCACUCUAAAGAUUUGCCCGGGGAGGAGGUAUUUCUAAAGAAGAAGAAAAAGAAAAAACAACCACCAGCUUCCCGCUUUCUUCCUGUCUGUUUCACCUUUAAUGCAAGCCAGACUGUGAUCACCUUAAUGCAAGUAUUUUGGCACUUAACACUGUUAAUAGAUCAGACUUCUCUCUUUUCUCCUAACCUGCUUUAUCUGUGAUAGAUCCAUUUUUUGUCAACUUAUUAGCCAGACCUUUUUUUUUUGCAACUGUAAUGUAAUGUUAUUGGGGAGAGGGGUAUAUUUUUACCUCCCCCCCUUCCCUUGUUCUUUCUCUCUGUCACAUGGUUUCCGUUGAAAAAAACCCUUUACCUCUUACCUCAUUCAAGACGCCGUGGGAAAUGUUACAUGAUGGGUUGGGUGCAUGUUGGAUGUACCAUCUGAAGGUUCAGAGGCCGGCGCAUGGAGAACACAGCUCCAAUUUAAGCUAAUAUA